GACUCGAACGGGCGAGAGAGAACACGGUGGCGGUUGAUGGCAGCCAUUUUAAUACGCGCCAUCUGCACCGCGCUGUAAUGAAGUUCGAUGUGUCUUCGUAAAAUACUCAACCAAUUCACUUUUCCAACCAAGUUACCGUCUCCGUGGUGGUGCGGGCCAAAACCUGGUCGCGUCGUCGUCGACGCUUUUGAGGUUAAUUUCUCUGUUGUCCCGGCAACCCGUUUGCCACUAAUCGACAAAGGCAGAACAAUUUAACAGCUUUAGGGCUGAAGACUGGAACUCCCAAUGGAACAUUAACUUCAUAUGUUGGGUUGUACAUUUUUAUACUUUGAGCUCUUUAUACUUUUGUUAGAAGCACAGAUUUCAGUGGUAGAUAUUUUAUCUUAACUCAAAGACAUAAAUUUCAUCUUCAACCUCAGAUGUUUUUGUAGUUAAAACUGUGCUUACUAUUGGGACUUGUGAUUGCCAGUAGCAGUAUUAAUUCAACUUGUUUCAGUACAUACAGAGAAUAUAUUUGAUACAACAAUGAUAAACCUGUUGAAGAUAUAUUAUUCCAUUGAACUUAUAGAUGUUUAGGUGAUUAUUCAAAGAUCUUCAGAAAUAUACCAUGUUAUGUUUUAAACAAUACAUGAAAGAGAUUUGAUACCAAGUUUGAUACUAGAUAGCUUGUUAUUGGCCACAUAAAAGGAUAGAUAAACGUAAAAGAGAUACAGUAAGCAAAGUCCAUAUGCCACAGAGGCGUAGAUUCUCUUGAUGAUGUCGAACGACGAGGUGAACAAGCGUGACCACAAUUACAGCGAAUCAUUGUUGGUGUCUCCGCAGCCGCCAUCGCAAUCACAGUCGUAUUCAACUGACGAUGGUGAUUACAAUAGUGGUGUCAGCGCGAUUGGCCGGGGGAAAAGUCGGCCAAUACGCGAAAUCGGUCAGAUUAAGGAUAUUGACGAGCUGAAGAAGAUUGCACCGCGUGUGCGCCUACAAGAUGCUCAAAGUUUAAGUGAAUUGACGAAAAUUUCAUUGAAUAAUAGUAAUUUGCAGAGCAAUGCGUCGAUCUCUGACAAGACCAAGCAAGAGUUAAAAAAGUACUGUCGUACUUGUGCUGGAUUAAAAGUGCCCUUGGUGGACAUUUUUAGCGAGCGAGGUACCCAAAUGCGAUUGAAUCAGCAAAUGCGGCAUCUGGAAAUCAUUUAUCCACACGACAACUUGUCCACACAGAUGUGCAUGGAUUGCAUCUGCGACCUGAAAAUGAGCUAUAAAUUUUUUUUGCAGAUCAAAAAAGCACAGGUAAAGCUUAAGUCAAUUUUUUCCAACCUAAUUACGUCAGAGAAUGCAGCAACAUCGAAAAAAAUGGCUACUGAACGGUUACUGACGGAUCCUGAACCAGCACAGCUUCCUAUUGCAAUGAAAGAAGAGCUGAUAUCAACAUUAGACGAGAAGAAUCUUGCUACAUCAUUGACUAUGGACGAAAACCAACCUUCUUCCACAAGUCAGAAAGAUGAAAAACUCGUAUCCCCUAUUUUUUCACUGCAAGAUGACAUCAAAGUUGAUAUAAAGGAGUCAACGGAAGAACUAGGAGCCGGCGGGAUUUUCGAGGAAGUGGUGAUGGAGGUGGAUGACGAUGAUGAAGACUCUAUCGAGGAGUUCGAUCCGGAAGAUCCGGAUUUGCUCCAAGAACAGCAAGAACAGAUCGAAAUACAGGAAGAACAGGUUGAAAUACAGCAAGAAGAACCGCCAGCUAUUUAUAAUUAUGAUAUCGCGCGGAAAUCGUAUGUACGACUGGAAGGAAUCGUUGAAGAAGCAGCAACAGUUGCCGCUAAUCAAGUAGUGCCUAUCUGCGUCGAUGGAGAAGGAGAAGAGAGUUCAAGAGAUAUAGGGCAGCCGAAUAUAUUAAAGAAAAGACUACUAAUGCCGACGCGAACAAGUUUAGAGGGAGAAUCGGGAAGUAGCGGACCAGAAACAGCGGCAAAGAUGCAGAAAUUGGAUUUAAAUAACCCUUUGAGCGUGAACAACGCUCGCGAGGAGGAUGGAGUUAUGUACGUGACUGUAAAAGGUGCUAAGCCGAACGAGUUACUUCUAGUGAAAGUAAAAAAAAUGGACAAACAAGCAGAGCGUACAUCCGCCGAAAGUAAAUCUGUCGAGCGCUUUUUUAAACGCUACGAGACCCUAUUGAAGGAUUAUUCGCGAAAACCGGACGCGCGCGAACAAAUAAUUGAAGAGCAAAUUGAGGAAUAUAAACGGAAACGUGAGAAAGUUCUCGGAGAUCAAUCAGCAUUGAUCUUCUCUCUAAACGAAAGUCGAAAGGAGUUACAGAAGGAAAGUUCUCCUCCUAAAUCCAGUCCUAUAAAGGUAGAGGUUGAAGAAGUGAUAAUUGGGAAUGAAAAUGAGAGAGAAAAUAUGAUAGUAGAUGAAGUACAGGUUAAAGAGGUAAAGGUCGACAUUGAGAAACUCAAACCGAAGUUGCCGAAAUUGCAAUUGGAAGAAACAAAUAGAAAGAAUGAAAACCCGCAAAAAGAGUCGGAGCAAUCUUGCAAAGAAGCAGAUUUGGUACGAUUGACGAAAAUUUUGGGUGAAGAAAACAAACAUAAUCUGCAGGAUUUCCAAGAGUAUUUAAAACAGCGUAAGAUCAUCAUCACACGUCUCAAAGACGACGAUAUCGUUUCUUUAUACGAAGAUCGUCACAAUAGCGUUCUCAAGCUUCGCGACCCUUUCCUUGAACUCGUCGAUGCUUCCUUGGCGGCCAAUUCCUUAUCCGAGGAAUGUUGCUUCGAGUGUGAUUAUUGCCCAGAAACGUUCCCUAACCGUGAGCUUCUUGAGGAACAUGUUAAAACUCACGAUUACCGCAUAAUGCACUACUGCGACGACUGCGGCGAGGAAUUUGUGACCAACAAGGCCAAAAGGAAUCACAAUAUAGCCUGCUUGAAGAAACUGAUUUGCAAAUAUUGCGACGUGUUGAUGGAUACUCGAGGAAGGAAACGUCGGCAUGAACAGAAGCACGUAGACACUCUUUAUGGUCAGCUUUGCGAAUUUUGUGGGGAACGAUUUAAGCACCAAGGUACUCUGGAUCAACACCGAAAGACUCAGCACACAAGCGUAGAAAAGAUUUAUCAAUGCCCUAAGUGCCCGAAGAAAUUUGCCGUCAAGCAGAAACUCAGUUUCCACUUAAAGUCGGUACACACGACUUUAAGAGCAUUUUUGUGCGAAGAUUGCGGCGCAGACUUUAAGAAUCCGGCUAGCUUGAGACAUCAUAAAAUCCGGAAACACCAGCCUGUGGGCAAUAAGCGCGAGUGUCCGGUUUGCAGAAAGCUAGUGCCAUUUUACAGUUUGUCGAAGCACAUGCAUACUCACAAAGCUUAUAGCAUUCAGUGUCCGCAUUGCGACAAAAUGUUCAAAAAUAGCUCGACGCUGAAGCAACACGUGAGAAUCCACGAGGAUCAGAGGCAGUAUCGUUGCGACACGUGCGGAGUAGGAUUUAAUAGGAGAGACGGAUUGAGACUGCACAUGAGGGUACACCAGAAAACAGACAGUCGGGGACUGAAGGAAUGCUCUUGUCAAGUUUGCGGAGAAAAAUUUCCAAAUCAUUCGACUCUGGUGAUUCAUAGAAACAGAGUGCACAAGGACGGCAGACAAUACACAUGUCAUAUUUGUAACAGAUCGAUGAUAUCGACCAGGUCUCUCGAGUGGCACAUGUCGCAUAUUCAUAAUGAAUCUAUACCAGGUAUUGUUCGUGACGAAUCGGGUCUCCCGGAGAAGAAACGGGUCUCUUGUUAUCAUUGUAACAAGACAUUCAAGACAGAGAUGAUCUUACGUACGCAUAUAAAAAAAACACACAUGGAGAAGGAUCCAAUGAAAUGCGACGAUUGCGGAGAGAUAUUUACAUCAGAGGUGCGUCUACGUCAUCAUAUGAUGGUCUCGCAUAAUCGUCUAGAAGGCACCUUGGAAUGCCCACAUUGUCCCAAACGAUUUGUUAAUCAACUGAGAUUAAAAACGCACUUGAUCUCGCACUCAGAGGAGAGACCUUAUACUUGUGAAUUAUGUGGUUUCAAUCUGAAAACAAAGAUCCAGUUAAUCAAGCACCAUCAGAAUCGACACAGCGAAGAGCGACCUUUGCAAUGCAGACAUUGUACGUGGCGAUGCAAGCAAGUAAGCGCGUUAGUAUGCCAUGAGCGCACACAUACUAACGAACGACCUUACGCUUGUAGCGUAUGUCGGCAGCGUUUCAAGUAUCUUGGUGACAAGAAUAAGCACGAGCGCCGUCACGAGAGCCUUGGUGGAUCCGGAUUCAAGCGCAUCGUGCCCGGCAGAAAUGUCAGGUCGAAGGUGCGCGAUCAGCAGAACCCGGAAUUCGUCAAAGGCUCAGCAACUGAAGAGAACACGACGCGAAUUGCUGAGGGACAAUUUGAGGAGCAGCAGGAUGAACCGUACGGGAAUAAGUUUAAGCAAGAACAACUUGUGGAGUUCGAAGAACAACAGAUAGUGAAGUUUGAAGAGCAAAAUCUGUCGGAAGAGUACGAAGAGGUGUACGAACAGGAAUACGAAGAAACAUCGAGGGAAGCUUCAGAGGCCACUGAGGUGAUCAUGAAUAUGGAAGAUCCUGGUGUGUACACGGAAGAAGUAACUUCGGACAAUAUAGAGACCGCAGAUAUGAUAACCGAGGAUGAAAUAAUAACAGGUGACAUUUUGGAGUCAGCGACUGCCAGCGGCGCUACCGCCGCUGUCGUGCAUCUGCAGCAGCAAGAUGACUCCGGCAAGAUUCAAGUGAUACCAGUCAUGCUGUCGCUGCCCGAUCUCUCGGAUGCCAACGCUGAGGUUAAUCUCGCCACCGCCUCCAUCAUGUAUAACAAUUGACUACAAUUAACGUCCAAUGAUUAAUAUUGACAUGUAAAAUGCGAUGAUUACAUAAACAAUUUUGUUUUAUGACUGCUAUAAUCUAUAAUUCGCGUCAGAAUUCGAAGAAAAAAAAAAAAAUCCCAUGUUUCGUAAUUCGUUGCAUUAUUAUUGAAUAUUCUAUUAAUAUUGAAAACUUUCACAGAUUCAGAAUUAUAUUUUAGUUAAAAUCGAUCUCUUAUGGAGAAAAAGUGGAAAUAUUACCAAUAUGAUUAAAUUGAAGAUUGUUAUUCGAAUCUGUCGUACAUUAUAAAUCAGGUGUAAUCAGACGUGUAUAAAUCAGACGUGUAAUGUUUAGGGAAAAGAAUUGAAUUUUCCGUUAGAUUCAGAUGCUACUACAGAUAAAACGCCAGCUUUGCAAAUACUGAUCGAUUAGUAAUAUAUCUGAAACAGUUGGAAUGUUUUCGGUCAACUCGUCAUUCAUCAACGUAAGAAUUGUAAUAUCAAUAUUCUCGCGACUUUGAAGGAAAUUCUUGUAAUCUGGAUUCAUUUUCGCAAUUUUCUUUCGAUAAAUAUAAGUAAGAACACAAUAAUUAAAUUUUCAACUGUCAGUAAAUACAGGAAGUGUGACAUCAACAAGAAUUUUUACGUGGCUAAGCUUGAGACCCUGUGGAUUUCAAUGUAAAAGAAAUUAAAAACGAUUGAUAUAGGAAGAGAAAAUAACAAUUACCGAGUUUUGAUAAUAUUAAUGACUUCUGACACACUGAUUUCAUAAACAUUUUAAGUUUUCUUUGUCCUAUGCUUUUGAUAUGAAAAAUGGCAUGAAUUCUUAUGAGUGUCUAAAUAUUAUAAUUGUAGACUGUGCAAACACAACACGAAGCUUUCAGCGUGAAUAUCGACACGGGGAACGAAACUAAAUAGUUAUAGUAGACUUUGAAGUAAAUUAUAUAAUAAACUAAAAAGAUAGAAUAAUAAAACUUACAUUUUAUAUAUAUAUAAAGAAACAUGUAAAAAUAUAUAUGCAUAUAUAUUUUAUUCAUAGAUUUAAAUAAAAUUUCUUACUCUUACUAUUACAUUACAUUACAAAAUAAGUUAAUAAAAAGUAAAAGCACGUCAGUUCUUCGCAUUUAACAUUUAUCGUUACGUUUCACUUUUUCUUCUUCAAAAUAUUUUACCUAGUAAAGUUUUAUGGUUAAUAUUUGCCAUUUCUGAGUUUUUCUUAUGACUACACUUGUUAUUUUUUAGAACUUUCUUUAUUAUAAAAUGUUUUCUCAAUAUCUUUAUAUUCUAACGAAUGGAGUAUAAACAUUAUAAUAUGCGUAUAUAUAUAUAUAUAUAUAUAUAUAUAUAUAUAUAUAUAUAUAUAUCACACACAUAUAUAUGUAUGUAUGUAUAUGUGUACACACACGCGCACAUACACACACACACACACAUGCGCGCGCGCGUGUGUGUGUGUAUAUUCAAAUACAUUAUUAAUCGAUCAGAAUUUGCAAAGCUGGUGAUCUAUCUCUAUUAGUAUCUGAAUCUAACGGAAAAUUCAAUUCUUUUUCCUAAACAUUAUAUGUCUCUCUGAUUUAUAAUACAUGACAGAUUUAAAUAACAACUUUCAAUUUAAUUAUAUAGUUGAUAUCUUCAGAUUUUAUCUAUGUUACUAAAUAUCAUAAAAAAUAUUACAACAUAGACUUACGCAAAUACAAUUGAAGACGAAGUAACAUAGAAGUAAUGAAUUAAAAAUAAAGUAAUAGAGUAGACAAUUUUACAUUUGCACAUGUAAAAACAUAAUAAAAAGAUAUAUUACUUUAUAUUCUCUAAAUGUAAAGAAAACACAGAAGAGAUAAAAGUUCCCUUCUUAACAAAAACGGAAGUUACACUACUGUCUAUAUAUAAUUUUAGGAACAUGAAAAUAAAGAACUAAGAAAAAAGUAAUUAUAGAUUUUAACGUUAAAUAAAUGAAUAAGUAACAUCUAAUAGUAACACUGACAACACUAAAGAAUUUCUUUAAAUUAAUUACAUUUUAUAUCAUGAAUAUAUAAAUUGUUUUGUAUACAUAUAUGCAAUUAUACAUAUAUUAUACAUAUAAACAUAAAAAUUAACAUAAUAUUGUAAAAGUAUAUAAUUAUCUUAUAGCUGCGUUCCUAAACUGUACGAUGGUAGUGUACACAUAUGUAACAAUAACUCGAUAUGUGACGUAAAUACACUCCUGUUUAUUGGAAUUCCAAUGCCAGGUGUCUCUUUAAGAUGUAGGUGUAGAAUUUACUUUGUGUAUAUAUUAAUGAUAAUGAAAUAAUUAAAUAAUUAAAGUAUUACGACUCUCUCAAUGAAAUUUCUCGGGAAGACGAUUUAUUUUGUUCUUAUUCAUUAUAAUUUAACAAUAUAUUUACUGGUAUUGCAGUUUCUAUGGACAGUAGUGAUAUAUUCGUUAUACUGUAUCAAAUGAUUAUAAACUAAACUCAUUAAUUGUCCCACUUUGUAAAUGUAUUUUUAAUUCAGUUUUUUUUGCGGCUUAGAAUUUGGAAAAACAAAUAUAUUUAUGAUAACUUCUCGGAUCUUUUAAGAUUUUAAGAUUUUUCAAUUUUUUAUAUUUUUAGAAUUUUCAUUUUUAUUUAAAAUCUUUCGAUAGUAAACUUCUUGGACUCUUAUUUCAGAUCCUUGAAUUUUCUUUUUAUAUGGAUAGAUGUUUAGAUUUUUGAAUGAUUACUUUCUCCAGUCAUUGAAAUGUAGGUCUCUUAUUAUGAAUCCCGAUGCUUUUUGAAUUCUUCAAUUAUUGAGAUCUGGUGUAGUGUGUGUAUGUGUGUGUGCAUAUAUAUAUAUAUAUAAUAUAUACACAUACAUACAUACAUAUAUAUAUAUAUACACAUAUACAUACAUACAUAUAUAUGUAUAUAUAAUGUGUGUAUAUAUGUAUAUCACAAUGUACCCCAUUCGUUAAAGUAUAAAGAUAUUGAGAAAACAUUUUAUAAUGAAGUAAGAAAGUUCUAAAAAAUAACAAAUGUAGUCACAAGAAAAAUUCAAAAUGGCAAAUAUUAAUCGUAAAACUUUAUCAUGUAAAAUAUUUUGAAGAAAAAGUAAGACGUGAUAAAUGUUAUUAUUAUGAUAAAUGUUAAAUGCAAAGAACUGACGUACUUUUAUUUUUUAUGGAUUUAUUUUGUAAUGUAGUGUAAUAGAGAGAGUAAGCAAUUUUGUUUAAAUCAAUAAGUCAAAUAUAUAUGCAUGCAUCUGUGUAUGUUUGUGUGCGGGCGCGUAUGCCUAUUGUUAUGUAAUUACAUAAGCACAUCAUUAUCGUACUGAUUCUCGCAAGCAUUAUUGUGUUACGCGAUUCUAUUUCAAUGUAGGCGAUUCGUGGAUUAACGUCAUUACACAUGUGCGUAUGCAGGAAGUUUGCUUUUCCUGCUAUACUUUCUGCAGUUGUUAUUUUACAUACAAUUGCAAUUAUUUUCUUGCAAUUUUUCCGCUAUCUUCCUUUUUCGCUUUUCUCUCUAAGAUAUAAAAUAUUUAAGGAUAUUCACCAUGCAUGGAUAUUCAUGUAAUGCAUUAUUUCAUAAUAGCGAAUUCUUUCACUUAUAUAGAACAGAGUUUCUUUUAAUAAAAACGUCAUUAUA